CGUGCCUCUGCAAUAUCAAAACUUUUUACCUGAGCGCGUUCUGGGUCGGCGAAUGAGCGCUGGCUUACUUUUUUCAGCCCUAUGGCCGCCCGCGCUAGCCUAUGACGCUGCACUCACCCCACGCCCGCCUCAAUCCCACCUCAACUUUUCUUGACGACACGGAUAUCUGCCAUUGAUUACGAGUCCACUUCGAAUGCAGUCAAAGAGCAUUCACACCAUCACAACCAAGUUAAACGCUGUCAAUACCGCCACAAUGCCGCGCGCUGCAACCCUCAACAAAGACACCAACGAGACCAAAAUCCAAGUCUCCAUCAACCUCGACGGCGGCGAGCUGCCCGCAUACGAACACUCCGACUUCUGGGCGGCGCUGGAUAAGAAGAAUCUGAACGGUGAAGGCGAGAAGAUCGAGAAGGAGCAUGCGGCCCAAAAGUCCACGAGCCAGGAAAUCGCAGUCGACACCGGCAUCGGCUUCCUCGACCACAUGAUCCACGCCCUGGCCAAGCACGCCGGCUGGUCGCUACGUAUCAGAGUGAAGGGAGACCUGCACAUCGACGACCACCACACGGCCGAAGACUCAUUCCUUGCGCUCGGCACCGCGUUCAAGAAUGCGCUGCAGGGAUCCACGGGGUUGGCGAGGUUCGGCCAUGCGUAUGCGCCGCUUGACGAGGCGCUGUCGAGGGCGGUCAUUGAUCUGAGCAAUCGUCCGUACUGUGUUACGGAUUUGGGGCUGAAGAGGGAGAAAAUUGGGGACUUGAGCACGGAAAUGAUUCCCCAUUGCUUGCAGAGCUUUGCACAGAACAGUGGGACUACAUUGCACGUCGAUUGCUUGCGGGGAGACAACGAUCACCACAGGGCAGAGAGUGCGUUCAAGGCACUUGCUGUGGCUAUCAGGCAUGCGACGACGGUGGUUAAGCAGUGGGAGGGUGAGGUCAGGAGUACGAAGGGUGUGUUAUACUAGAUAUACAAUACUCGAGCCAUGAGGGACAAGUGUAGAUGAAAGACGAAUGAGAUGAAUGAACAAGAUGAGCGCAACAUUUUGACGCCGAGGACCUCCUGGCCAGAGCCAGAACGGGCAGAACAAAGCGGCCUUUCGAGGAACUUAAUCCCACUGAAAUCGGUAGGAAAAUUGUAGGACCCACAUGAUCGAUCGCUGAGUCUGCCUCGUUUCUGGGAAGGCUAGCGUCUGCCCACUCGAUAGAG